UAAUUGCUUGUUCAGAGCUCUUGGUGAUCAAUUGGAGGGACACUCGCGAAAUCAUCUCAAGCACCGGCAGGAGACAGUGGACUACAUGAUAAAGCAGCGGGAAGAUUUUGAACCCUUUGUAGAAGAUGACAUUCCUUUUGAGAAGCAUGUGGCCAGUUUGGCAAAGCCUGGUACUUUUGCGGGCAAUGAUGCAAUUGUAGCCUUUGCAAGAAAUCAUCAAUUGAAUGUGGUGAUUCAUCAACUUAAUGCCCCUUUGUGGCAGAUUCGCGGUACAGAUAAAAGUAACGGGAGGGAGUUACACAUCGCAUACAGGUAUGGCGAGCACUAUGACAGCGUUCGGAGGAUCAACGACAACUCAGAGGCUCCUGCACAUCUGCAGACUGAUUUUCAGAUGCUUCAUCAAGAUGAGUCAAAUAGAAGAGAAAAGAUCAAGUCAAAGGGAGCUGAUAUAGAAGACGACUUGAGGGAUGAAGUGGAAGAUGCUGUCCAGAAAGUUUGCAAUGCGACUGGAUGUUCAGAUUUUAAUUUAAUAGUCCAGAACCUGGAAGCUGAAAAUUAUAAUAUUGAAUCUGCAAUAAUUGCCAUGCUUCAGAUGAACCAAGGGAAAAGAUAUAAUGCAGAGGAGACCCUGGAGCCCAGUGGCCGAGUGCUGAAGCAGUGUGGCCCUUUAUGGGAGGAGGGUGGCAGUGGCACCCGAAUCUUUGGAAAUCAGAGCUUACACGAAGGGAGGACCGAAAACAAUAAGGCACGGGCCAGCCCAAGUGAAGAAAAGAAAGCAAAUAAGAACCAGCUCCCAAAGGUCACAAACAAACAGAGGAGAGAGCAGCAGCGGCUGGAAAGGAAGAAACGGCAGGAGGAGAGGCACCGCCACAGAGCCCUGGAGAGCAGGGGCAGCCCCAGGGACAACAACAGGAGUGAAGCAGAUGGGAACGCGCAGGUCACCUUGGUGAAGACCUUCGCCGCCCUCAACAUCUGACCGCCCCUGGGAGCCACGAGAAGCGGAUGGAAAAUGGAGUGCUGAGUAUCACUUUCCAGGGGCCAGCCUCUCACAGACGGGACACAGCCACAACACCCACACACAGGCUCACAGAGUUAGUUCUCUUCGGGCUGCCUCGUUUUUGUUCAAAGUUUUGUUAGUGAUGUGUUUUGUUUCAUGAAAGUGCAGUGAAGCCAUUCUUACUCUGUAAAACAAACUUUAAAUACUGAGUGUUAGAGGUGGAUAGAUAGGUCAGGGAAAACCUUUUUAAGUGUGGCUUUAUUUGCCCAGAAAAUCAGUUCAGCGACCCUGGGAACGUCUCUUCGCACUGGGGGUGAGUGUUACUCUGUAAUUGUUCAUGAGUGGUUUAGAAUAAUUGUUAGAAAUUCAGAACAGUGGUCUCCUUAGUUUCUCUUUCAUUUUGAAAAAGAUACUAAUGUAGAGGGUAGUUUAUAAAUAAACUCCAACUCAGGAACAUAUUUAGAUUUAAUUUUCCAGGUUAGAUUUAAUAAUCCAAGUUACUCAAAAUAAUUCAGGAAUUGUUUUCCCAAAGAAAUACGCUACGAGGGCCCUGGCCUGUAGUCAGGGUGGGAAUGAAACAACUUCAUUUCCCUCCUUCCUCAUCCUGAUGUUGCGUCAGAGGGCUGCAGGUGCUCCGAGCUCAUUUGCACUCAAGCUGUAUGAUGAAUGCGCCCGUUAAUUAGGCCCGGGCUUUGCUGGGACAUCGAUAAAUGCUGAGUUCCGGUGCUUGUUUCUUGACAAUGGGAAAAUGGUGUGGCACUGCUUGUGGUAUGGCUCUCGAAUUCUGCAGAGUGGAGUAGAGCCUGUAGUUGUAAAAGGAGAAGUCAGAGGGUUCCUGGGGUUUUGUCCAGAAAGAAUCUAGUUAUUUGUGUUUAUAGGAGAAGUAGGAAAGAAUAGGUAAGGUUGUUGUCAUGUUCACAUUUUAAAUAAAUGAUAUUUUCUUCCCUAUUAUUCUGGGCUUAGAAAGAUGCCUUCAGAGAAACAAACAGUAACUUGACCUUAUAGGUUACUAAAUUUUCUUAUCGCAGUAGAAAUGGAAUCCCAUAAAAUGCUACACUCGUUUCUUUGUUAUCCUAGCCCUGUGUGAGAUUUUGAUGUUGAGGAAACUCCACCUGGCUGAAGCUGUGAGUGACUUAGACUGCCGAGGCCUUUGGAUGACUGCACAAUUCUGAAGUGCCCAGAUUGGGGCCGUGGAGAGAUGUCAGUUUUGACAUACUGUUGUCUGGGCAGGGCCUGGGUUCGUUGAAUUGUCUUUAUGAGCAGCCUGUUUGCUUUCCUUAGUUUUAAUGAUGUCUUCUAAUUGUUCGUUUUUUUUUUUUACUUUGGUGACUUUUUGUACCUGGGGGUAUCAGUGAUUUCCUGGAAUUAUU